GUUGGGCGUCGCUUCUGUCCGUUGGAGCGGAGCAAGGCAGGGCGAGCAUCCGUCCCAAAGCCUCGAUACAUAUCGUACAGUACAGGCCAAGGCCAAGGCCCGUCCGCUUACUGAGUGUUCUGCAGGAUUUGAUCAUCUGAAGCUCGUACAUGCACAUACAUAACCGGCAAAUCCUUCGCAAUGCCUGGUCGGAAAACAUGCACCACACAUGCGUCAACAGCAGGACCCUCCAGUCCAGCCCCUGCUCUGUCAUCCUCGUCCCCCAGCCACAGCUCUUCGCACUUGGAUCCUUUCUCAGUAUAGGUAGCCACGGAAAUUCGGAAGGGUUCAAGCUUGCCCUAACUAUGAUGAGGAUCGUUCCCCCUGUGUCUGCAUAAACCUUCUUCCUUAAACACAAAGCAUUGCCCAGUCCUGUUGUGUAUCCUCCUAUGUGUUCCCGACGCACACGCUUCCCAGCUCGGCUUCCGCCAUGGAAACGGUAAUACCGCCGCGGGGCCAUGAACCAUCCACCUACGGGUACACAUGGGACGAAACCGGCGAGGUGAUGCAGGCCACAAGAGUGAGAGACUCACGCUCAUUCUCAACCCAACAACGUCUCACUCCAGGGCGGCAAUCAGCACCCUGGCCGUUCCAGAGCGUCGUGACGACAACAACAACAAUAACAGACGCCGAGAUCCCCAUCAGCCCUGUCUCGACCUCGCCACCAUCACCAUCCUACUACCACAACCGGCCGUCAACAAUAACAGCAACCACAACAACAACAACAACAACAACAAGACGGUCAACAUAUCAGCCGUACCGACCUCCUUUAAGUAACACCAACGACAGCUGGCACAGCAGCAGCGGAGAAGGAGAAGGAGUAGGAGAAGGAGAAGGUGACCUAGCAGCAGCAGCCCCAGCGGAGCGAGACAUCGUCCCAGACUCCUAUGUCGUCAACUUCCUAACAAGCGGCCGGGGCUGCGAGCCCACCACCACCACCACCACUACCACCCGGGAGACAGCAACAGCACCACAGGGCGGCGGCGCACAUGUCGAUCCACUGCGGGGCAAUCCUGUCUUCUACUUCUACCACAACCACCACCACCACGGAGACGAAGACGAAGGGCGGCGGACAGCCGCCACGCCCCAGCGCCGCGGCGUGGACAUUGUGGACCCGCAGCUCCUCCCGAGCUCACAGCAGCAGCAGCACCGGUCGAGGGUGGCGGACUUUGAGGGCUUCGACUUCGGCAAUGAUGACGCGUUCGAUUCACUGCUGGAGCGUGUGGAUAGCCGCGAGGGGGCGGAUGGCGACAACCUUGAUGAGCAGGAGGAGGAAGGCGAAGGGGAGGGGGAGGGGGUGGGGGAACAGCGGCGGUUUUUGGCUUCUUCCGGGGAAGACGGAGGUCAGGACUUUGGGGGUGAAAAGGGCGAUGGCGCCGGCGGUGGCGGUGGGGGUGGGAGGAGCAGCGGGUGGUGGAAGAAAUGCUGCGAGGGAAUUGGUGGUGGUGGUGGUGGUGGUUGUGGUGACGGGUGGCGAGCCGCGGUUGCGAUGAUUGUGCUGGCGACGUUCACCAUACUGAUCGCCGGCUUCGUGUGUCUUGUCGUGGCCAUAACGGGCGUGUCGCCGGCGGAGGAUGGGCGGACGGCCGUCUUCGCGGGAUCCUGCACCACAGCGAGGGCGAUUGAUAGGGGACUGCACGCCGCUAUCAAUGUUCUUGUUGUCGUGCUGGUCGCUGGGGCUAACUACACCUUUCAGAUCCUCAGCAGCCCAACGAGGAGCGAGGUCACGGCAGCGCACCAGGGGAGGGAGUGGUUGGAUAUUGGCGUCCCGUCGUUCCGGAACCUCGGGCGCAUCCGGGGCAGCCGGACGCUGUUGGCUGUUGUGCUUCUGGCGACGGCUGUCUCGACGCAGAUGUUGUAUAAUGCUGUAAUAUUCGUCUCACAAACGGCGCCGAGCCUCAAGGCAGUCGUGGUAGGAGAGUCUUUCCUCGAGGGCAGCCCCUUCAGCAACGGCGACGCAGAGACCGUGGGCGGACUCAGCCGCCAUGAACUCUUACUCCUCCAGCGGCGGGCAGCGCGGGAUGAGCUUGUUCGUCUGUCCACACCUGUGUGCAUCGACCACUUCAGCGGAGCUUUCCAGGAAGAAUACUCGGCUGUACUCGUAAUAUCUAAUAACAAACCGCCCAUCUCAGAGAGCUCCGACAUCAGAAGAACGACUGCCAGCGAUAUCCGGUACUGUCUCGCCCAACCCGCAUCUGCUCCAACAUGUGAAGUCAACCUGAACGCGUCCCUGCUGGGGACCGUCUCCCUCCUCAAUUCGAUCGCCCUCGUCGCCACUGCCGCUGUCCUGUUCAUGCGCCCAUCAUCCUUCCGCCCGCUCGCUACCCUCGGCGACGCCAUCUCCUCUUUCCUCGAGGAAGCCGACCCAAUGACGCAAGGAAGCUGCCUCCUCUCCAAGGCCGACGUCUGCCAGGGCCGUUGGCCGCUCACGGAAGCCAAGUUCUGGCUUCCCAAGAACCACUACUGGCUGCACAGUGUUUCCUUUCCCCGCUGGGUCGUCGCCUUCUUCAUCUGGGCAACCUGCGUCGGCCUCGCAGCCACGGCACUGGCCAUCUCAAUCCCCAACCCCGACGACGACGACUCCUCCGCCGCACGACUCUCCCCCUUCGGCACCGCGUCUCCGCACACCCUACUCCUACUACCAGCGAACACCCCGGCCGCAGCCGCCGCCGUCGUCGCCAGCCUGCCCCAACUCCUCCUCGCAGCCCUCUACUUCGCCACCAACGCGCUGCUGACAAGCUACUUCCUCUCGCACGAAUCCUCCCUCUUCGCGCUCAAGCCCGCCCGGCCCUUGCGCGUGUCCGCCGCCGCCAACCCGGCCGGGUGGCAAACGACCUCCCUGCACCUCACCCUCCCGGGCCCCGUCUCAGCGCUGCUCAUGGCCCUCUUCACGGCAAUGUCCUUCGUCCUGAGCCGGAGCAUCUUCGCCGUCUCGGUGCACCUCGUCGACGUCCCGCUCCUUGACCUUGCCUCCUCCUCCUCCACCGCCCCACCACCACCAAACCCUCCCUCCGAAACAACGAAGCGAAUAAUAGUCGGCCUCGGCCUGAGCGGGGCGGGGCUGCUCGCCCUACUCUCUUUGUUAGCUGCCCUCGCCGCGGGCGUGAUAGCCCUCGGUCUACGCCGCGCACCCCCCGCCGCAGGCGGCACCGUGAGCAGCGGCGGCGGCGAAGAAGAAAUGGUCGGCAACCCGAUGGCGCUUCCCGCCGGUUCGUGCAGCGCUGUCAUCAGUGCGCGGUGUCACCCCCUUGCGAGGGAGCGGACUACUAUUACUACUAGUGCUACUACUAGUACUACUACUGCUGCUAGAGAAGGGGCGCGGGAGCUGCUGUUGUGGGAGAAACCGGUUAUGUGGGGGGUCGUGAGGGAAGGGGUUGGCUUCGCGCCCAGUCAUUGUGCGUUUACCGCCGGUAGGGCCGGGGUUGUUGGGGCUGGGCGGAAUUAUGCUUGAUUUUGAUUUUACGGGACAUAUUUGAUGAUACUUUAUGAGUACCUAGAGGAUUCCUAUUGGGAAGGAAUGGGUUAGAUUAGUGAGUGCUGAUGAGGUUUGGCGUUUUCGGUGUUUUUGGAACCACGGAUGGGCCGGUAGGGAAUGGGAUUAGAACGGCGUGAUGGUUGGACUUGUUUAACAUGUGCAGUUUGUUGUUGUACAUCCCGUUCGUUAUAUACCCUCGAGCAUGGGAAAAUGGAAAGACAGAUGCUGCAUAGGUGGGAAUCACAACACCUGUACAGGGACUCGGGGUUUCCAUCGCAAGUGGUGGUGAAAUGGUUCGGCCUUUCAACAGCC